AUGGCCCCUGCCAUAGCCACAGAACUCCUUAAGUUUUUUGCCAGGGUAGGAAUACCCAGAGAAAUCUUGACAGACUGUGGAAUGACUGUCACGUCCAAGCUGAUGGCCAAAUUGUCGUCUAUUAAACAUUCAAGCUCUCAGGACAUUGGUCUAUUACCCACAGACCAAUGGGCUAGUCGAGAGGUUCAACGGAACCCUGAAGGCUAUGCUUUGGAAAUUCGUGUACAACCCCCCACGACAAUAGGACAAGUUGCUUCCCGCAUUGCUGUCUGUGGUGCAAGAGAUGCUUCAGAACUGGGGUUGGGUGCUGUGCUAUUGCAGGAACGAGAGGGGGAAGACCCUGUGCUCUACCUAAGCCGGAAGCUAUUUCCCCAUGAAGUCAAGUAUUCCACCAUUGAGAAGGAAGCCUUGGCGAUGUCCCGGGAUGAGACGGUGUGUAAAUAUUGUGGAGUCAGCUAUUUGAUCCUUCACGAGUUUAAACUGAUGGAAGACAAAGUAAAAGCAAUGGAAAAGGAGAUGAAGUUUUAUGAAGGAAGUGUAGAGCGGGGAAAAAGACUUCAAGCGCAACUACAGUGUCUUAGUCGAGACUUUGAACAGUGCACGGCUGACAGUGAAUCAAAAACAGAAAGAAUAAAUAACCUAACUGUGCAGUUGAAAGACAAACAAAAUGAACUACAAAAUCUGAAUGAGGCCUUGAGAUGCUUCCAAGAAGAGAAGGAAGUUGCAUAUAAAAAGUUACAACUGUUCAGAAAAAGAUUGGAGAACCAUCGGUUAACUCUAAGCAAGACUCUUUCAUUACUUCCCUUUAUUAGAAGAGAGCUAGUCAGUAUUAAAGAAAUUGCAUCUAAUAAGCUAGACAACUGGAGUGUACUGAGAGAAGAGAUUUUUCUACAAAUAAAAACUAUAAGCAAAGACGCAUCGACAGAAGUAUCCAGACUGAAUCAAAGGCUGGCAGAAUUCCAGAGGGAUAAAGUGUCCCUCCAGGAGGAGGUGAAACAUUUGAAGUUGGUGUCCGAUGCAGUUGAGCUGAAAAGUCAGCAGCUUCAGACUUCACUCCAACAAGAGAAUGAAUUACAAAACAGAUGUCAUGAAUUACAGAAGGAAACAUUAGAUUUAACAAAUCAAGUAGAGACAAUUGGACUCAAGUUUCAGAAAGCAACAGCUGAAAUGGGCCACUACAAAAAACUACUCAUGAUGAAAUCAAAGGAAGUUGACAUCUGUCAAAGUGAACUUCAAAAGCUGGAGUAUGAAAAUGGAAUGUCUAAAUCCAGAUUUACUAAAGAUCUAAAAGAAAAAGAAGAGUCUUUGCUAGUUUGCCAACAAGUAUGCAAACGUUUACAGGAAGAAGUGGCAGAGAAAGAAAGGCAAGAAGAAGAUCUAAAAAGAAGAACCAGUUGCUCAGAGAGUGAACUGGAAACAAUUAAAACUCUUCUUAGACAGAGAGAGGAAGAAGUAGUAAUGCUGAAACAAGAAAGGGAGUUGAUGCAGAUUUCUCAUCAGAACAAAACAGAGCAGCUGCAGGAAGCAUUAAGACAGAAGAUUCUGAAUGAAGAUAACUGGAGGGAAAAGAUGGAAAUUGCUCUAGCUAAACACCAAGCACGACACACAGAAGAGAUUUUCAGGCUCAAGGAAGAUGCUAGAAUGGAACUAGACACUGAAAGACAAAAGCACCAAGAAUUAAUAGCAAAAUAUCAGAAAGCUCAAGAGGAACUACAGAUGAAGAUACCUGAAUUAAUAUCCAGUGCCAUCAACAGCCUAAGGAUGGAAGUGGGAAUUCUUAAAAACCAGCUUCAGGAAGCCCAGAUCAAACUUACAGAGAAAGAUGGAGAUAAGGAAGAAGAAAUGCGAAGCCUUAAAAGGCUGGUUACUAAGCUUGAAUUUCAGCUGAAGAAGGAACAGAACAACAGUGAUUCAUUAUCAGAGGACAUGAGGAAAGAAAUUAAAGAGAAGUCAGAUGAACUGGAAAAAUUAACCCAGGAGCAAGCAGAGCUGAUUCAGAAUUUGAGUCAGGCUCAAGAGGAGAACUCUCUUCUCCAGGAAACGGUGCGCAGAGAGUGUGAGGAACGCUAUGAGCUAACUGAAGCUUUGACUCAAGCUAGAGAACAAGUAUUGGAACUGAAGAGGCUCAGUGGAAACUUCCCACUGUCACAAUGUUCACUCAGUCAGGGCAGCCUAACCUCCUGUGCUGCACUGGUCAGUAAUCACGGACAGAAGAGCCUUACGAGCUCAAACUCUGGGAAGGGAAUCACACACUCAGGCCUGUGUGGCAUAUUAAGAGCUGCUAAUGCACCAGCCUUCAAUAAGCACAAAAGCAGUGGUAAAGUGGGUUUGCCAGCUCUAACUCCACCGCACCCUCCCAGGGGAAGAGCGUCUUCUGUGAAUGAAUCCAAGAACAGAAUAACUGCAGUUAUAAGAAGACAACUGAGUCAGCUCUGA